CAAGAGGGGAGAAUGGCGGAGGAGGACGAUCGCUUCUUCCAGCAGCGACUGGCCAAUCUGAGGCAAUCCCGGGAGCUCUUUGAGAACACAAGGAAGCUGCUCAAUCAGCAAACCACGGACGCUGGAGGCUACUUUGGGAGAUUGUGCUUGCAGCUCAAGGACGAUCAGAGCAGCGUCAAGGCUCUGCAAGAGAUGAGCUCGAAUUUGCUACUCAGAAUCGCGAAUGGAAUGAAUCUCUUCCAGGGUGGAAAUGGAAAUGUGGAUGGUGAUCGUUUGGUAUCGGACACUGCCUCGGCUCACAGCUAGCCUUGAUACCAGCGAGACCAGCGCAUUUUCUUUGGCUAAAUGCAAAGCGUCGGCUACUUCUUUCACACCCCGGCUUCCAUCUAGACCAGUUGGUAGAAGCGAUUUCGUGCGAGGGCUGGAAAAAUCGAAUGCUACUAUCAGUUAAGAUCAGACAACAACGAACACUAAAACAGAAGAAAAUGAUUCACUCUUCUCUGAGGAGGAGGAUCCUCCACAAGCCGGGCUUGCUGCUUUAGAAGAAGACGCUAAGAAAGAUGAAGAUCACAAACGAAGUUCGAGCGAUCGGGCAUCCUCUUCUACAAGCCCCUCGGAGACGGACUCGGAUGCCCUCAACGCUCUCGUAACGGAUGAGCUUCUCCAGCAUGAAACUCCGAGAACAGGAGAAAACCAAAUCGAGGUCGAGCACGUCGAAGAUGAUCGUCACCAUUCCAAGCACAACAACGAUGCUGCUCUUGACUUCCAGCCUCCCAGCGAGGAGCUCCUAGCUCUCGGCCGGCUUACAUCCAUGGAGAAGCUCUCCAUGCUGUGCACGCUCAUCAACACGCUCAACUUCUGGGAGGACGAGCUCCUUCUCGACGGAAGCUGGACGACUACCACUCAGAGCUCGGUCUACACGCUCAUCGCCGCGGCACGGGAGAGCCAGAAACGGCUCUUCAAGAUGCUGAGCUCGUCCGAUCACUCCAGGGCGGGGCUGUGCUGUGCCGCCAUUCGCGAGCUCGUAAGAGCUUAUCCUCCCGAGAGGCUACUCCCGGCUGGAUUCCUCGUGGUCUUACUCAAGAACACAGACACUGUGGAGAGACUAGAAGCUUUCCAGGACAACGAUGCUGCUAGCUUCUGGGAUAUGCUCAUGACUUUCGCGGUGACGCUCAUGGACGAGCAUGGCAACACGGCAGAACAAGUCGGCUCCAUGCUGCUCGACUUUGUCGUUCCGGCUCUAGCUGCGGAGCAGCAGCCACUGGUGGAAGAUCCGGAAGAAGCCCGAGCUGUUCUCCGUCUCUUCCUGGUGUCACACAUUUGCUGCCGGAUCAUGUACAAGGGAGCCAGGGCCAAUAGUAGCAGCAGCAGUGGCUCCAACGAAAGAUCAAGCUUUCAUAGCAAAAGUGAUAUCUCGGACAGUGAAAGCAAAGUUCUUAAGCUGGAGAAAUCUAAAGGGCGAAAGACCAAGCGGCUGUGGAAGUCUGUGCUAGCGCUGGCUUGGAAGAAAAACUCGACUAAAUCUUGGCGUUAAUAAGAACUGCAUUAAGGGGCUUAAGCGGGGA